AUUCACUAAUCAGCAAUGAAGAAUUCUCUCUCACUCUCACACACACACACUCUCACACACUCACACACUCACACACACUGAGAUAGUAAACAGUUUAUGGUCACGGCUGUUCAGAAGUUGCACCAUCAUGUUGCGUUGUUUCAUCCUCCUGCUGUUUUGGGGGUUCUCGUCCCCUUCCACCAUAACACUUCUUCCGGGCUCGCAGUUUAAGCUGCAGUGUCUUCCUGAAUCUGACCUGAUGUUCACGGAGUACUCAUGGAGCUUCUCAAAUCAGUUGGAAGAAGACAAAAACAAACGAAUCCACUUUGCUCCACUCGGUCACACGAACGAAGAACUGGAGCUGAACCCGGUGGAGAAGCGCCAUGCUGGAACGUAUAAGUGUGUGGUGAGGGGAACUUCUGCCAAGGGAAUGAUGAAGGUGAAGAGGAUUUUCAAAAUCUCAGUCAUAGAGAACCCAGUGUUUAUAUCCUGGCAGCUCUUUGAGGGUGAUGAGGGAGAAACGAUCACGCUUUCCUGCUCUUCCUCAUCUAAAAAUGUCAACAGCUUCGAUUCUGCUGAGGUCAAAUGGUACAAGGUCAAAGAUACAGGAGAUAGUUUUGAACUCAAGGAGCUCAAACCUGUUGUGAGAAACCAGAGAAACAUUAAAGUGGAGGAGAUCAAACCCAGGCAAGUUUACUGGGCUUCUGAUCUGAAGCAGCCAGACUGGUCCAUCACCAUCGACAGUCUGGAGCUGGACGAUGAAGAUCUGUACCAGUGUGACAUCAUCACAGGCUCAGAGAAGGAAAGUGUGCUAAUGGAGCUUCUGGUAAAUGCUGCCCCGCCCCCUCGCUGUUUAAACCAAUCCCAGCCUUGGGAGGCGUGUCCUGAUAUUGACAGUCAGUCAUCAGAGGCGAUCCUGCGUGAAUCUCUGACUGAGUUCUCACUUAAUCUCUAUAAAAAAAUCAACACCAUGGAACCUGAAAGGAACCUGCUGUUCUCACCAAUCAGCAUCGCCAUGGUGAUGUCUCAGCUGCUGCUGGGAACUCGAGGAGAGACGAGAGCUGAGCUGGAGCGAGGUCUUUUCCUGCCCUCUGAGUUCUCCUGUGUUCACUCUGAGAUGAAGAAGCUGAGCAGCAGGAUGAAGGAUUCGCUUCUCAUAGCCAAUCAGAUGCUCUUUCAUCCAGAGCUCAAACUCCGUGAAGCUUUCAUCAACCAAACACAGGAAUUCUACGACUCUGUGCCCCAAAAACUGACCAAUGACAGCGCGGCGAACGUGAAGCUUAUCAACACCUGGGUUGCAGACAAAACCCAGAACAGAGUAACGGAGCUGGUCGACUCCUUGGAUUCAUCAGUGAACAUUAUUUUACUCAACGCUGUUUACUUCAUCGGUAAAUGGAAAGGAACAUUUGAAGUUAAAGAUCAGCAGCAGUUUACGACACUUUCCAUGGAGCUACUGUCUGUUCCAGCUCUCUACAGCAGCAACUACUAUGUGGCCACAAGUUACAUACAAGGACUCAAAGCCUAUGUGGCCAAAUUCACUCUGACAGGGAAGAACAGUCUGUACGUCCUGCUGCCGUUUGAGGCGGGUAAAAACGGGCUUGACAUCAUGGAGGCAAAGCUGACGGAUAAGAACGUCAGAAACAUGGUGAACGAGAUGGCGUCCAUCAUUCCCGUAGAGUCUGAAGUGUUGCUACCCAAAGUGAAACUGCUGGUGAACACAAAUCUCUUCAUUCUCCUAAAGAAACUCGAGCUGCCAGGGUUAUUUUCUGACCCUAACCUGUGUGGAAUGAUUGAUCAGAGCAGCGCCAUGCCUCUGAGCGACGCUCGUCAUAGCGCGUUCCUCUCCCUCACAGAGAAAGGUGUGGAAGCUGCGGCCGCCAGCAGCGUCUCGUUUUCUCGCUCCUUCAACAAUUUCCACGCCAUGCGGCCUUUCGUCCUGAUGGUGUUUAACGAGGAGGUCAACAUCCCUCUGUUCACAGGGAAAGUUCUUCAUCCAGACAAGAACGAAUAAAGCAGAGCUCUGAGAAUUAUUUCACCACAGAAUAAAGCCUGUAGGUUCUGAGCAGAACCGUGAGAGAAACACUGUGUGACAAACAGCAUCCUCAUUUAUCACAGCAUACACAAUAAAUUCUACCGACUUAA